AUGGCCUCAGCAGUCCUACAGAGUGACCACCCAAGCUCUGCUCCCCACCCUGUCUCAUCGUCUUCACAUCCGGUGCAACUUUCCGCCCUGAAAGGUCCUCACGCGAACGGUGACCAGAAACCACACAAAGAGAAGAAGGACAACACCGCGUCUGCGUCUGCAUACCCACUAGAGCUCAACCCACCACCAGAGUUCUUCCAUCAUAAAAUUCAGAUAUUUGAUAAAUUAAAGGCCGAGUAUGACGAGUGGGUGAAAGUACAACCGCGUCAAGAGAUUCAGAUCACGUUGCCAGAUGGCUCCGUACGCCAGGGCAGGAGCUGGGAAACCAGCCCGAUGGAUGUCGCGAAAGAGAUCUCAAGGGGUCUCGCGGAUCGUAUCGUCAUAGCCAAGGUCAAUGGCGACGUAUGGGACUUGGAACGGCCGCUGGAAGGUUCAUGCAAAUUGGAGUUGCUCGACUUUGAGCACCCAGAAGGCAAGCGCGUGUUCUGGCACUCAUCCGCGCACGUCCUUGGCGAGGCUGCUGAGCGUCACUACGGAUGCCACCUGUGCAUCGGUCCGCCGACUGAGGAAGGGUUCUUCUAUGAAAUGGCUCUGGAUGACAGGGUCGUGACGAACGCCGACUACCCCGCUCUAGAGAAGGUAUCAGACCUUGCCAUUAAGCAGAAGCAAAAGUUCGAGCGACUUGUGGUGCCGAAGGAGACUCUGCUCGAGAUGUUUUCCUAUAACAAAUACAAGAAGUACCUCAUAGAGAGCAAGAUCCCCGACGGCACGUCCACCACUGUCUACCGCUGUGGACCGAUGGUAGAUCUCUGCGUCGGCCCACACAUACCGCACACGGGGAAGAUAAAGGCGUUCAUGGUGACCAAGAACUCAGCGUCGUACUUCCUUGGCGACCCGAAGAACGACUCGCUGCAGCGCAUCUAUGGCAUCUCAUUCCCUGACAAAAAGCAGCUUGUAGAGUACAAGGAAUUCCUCGCAGAGGCAGCACGACGAGACCAUAGAAAGAUCGGCAAGGAGCAAGAGCUAUUCUUCUUCAACGACCUCAGCCCCGGGAGCUGCUUCUGGCUCCCACAUGGCACUCGGAUAUACAACACCUUGACUGAGCUUCUGCGGUCCGAGUACUUCAAGCGUGGUUACCAAGAAGUCAUCUCGCCGAACAUGUACCACAGCAAGCUGUGGGAGACGUCCGGUCACUGGCAGAACUACAGAGAUGACAUGUUCACGCUGAUCGUUGAGAAAGAGCCGUGGGCGCUGAAGCCUAUGAACUGCCCGGGUCACUGUCUCAUCUUUGACUCGCGCGAUCGCAGUUACAAGGAGCUGCCCAUCCGCAUGGCCGAGUUCGGUAUCGUUCACCGAAACGAGGCGUCUGGCGCAUUGACUGGGCUCACCCGCGUGCGCCGGUUCGUCCAGGACGAUACGCAUGUCUUCUGCAUGCCUUCUCAGAUUGAGGAGGAAAUUGGUGCCUUGUUUGAUUUUAUGGAGCAUGUGUACGGUCUUUUCGGCUUUGACUUCAAGCUUGAGCUGUCCACCCGGCCUGAUAAUUACCUUGGUGCCAUCGAGGCCUGGGACGAAGCAGAGAACCAAUUGAAGAAGGCGCUCGACAAGCAGUAUCCAGGGAAGUGGGAGCUUAACCCCGGCGACGGUGCGUUCUACGGGCCCAAGAUUGACAUCACCAUCCGUGAUGCCCUGCGCCGCUCGUUCCAGUGCGCUACUAUUCAGCUGGAUUUCCAGCUGCCCGAGCGCUUCGAUCUCAAAUACCGCAGCGCUGAUAACAGCGCGAAUGCUGAUAAGGGCCCGUCGCGACCCGUCAUCAUCCACCGCGCGAUCCUGGGCAGCUUGGAACGGUUCAUCGCCAUCACCACCGAACACUUUGCUGGCAAAUGGCCAUUCUGGUUGUCUCCGCGUCAAGUCCUGGUCGUACCUGUCGCUGCUCCUUUUAAAGACUACGCGUCCGAGGUCGCCAACACCCUCUCCGAUCUAGGCAUAUUUGCUGACGUCGACAACGGCGAGAACACGCUCCCGAAGAAGAUCCGCAACGGCGAGAUUUCGCAGUGCAACUUCAUCCUAGUGGUUGGACAGCAAGAGUACGACAACCGCUCGGUGAACGUGCGUAAUCGCGACGACGUCGGCACCAAGGCCAAGGGCGAGAUGGUGCCGUUGGACGAGGUUGUCAAGAAAUUAGUAGCUCUGAAAGCAAGCCGCUGCCUAGAGAACAAGCUUCUGUGA